CGUUGCUGCCGUAUCUUGCCGGAACCAGGGACGAAGUGCGCUCUAACCUCGAAUAUUGUUCAAUCCAGGGAGAUAUGGGAGGGGGCCAGAGUGUCGAGAUUCCCGGAGGAGGAUCCGAGGGUUAUCACGUCCUUAGAGUGCAAGAGAAUUCCCCGGGUCACCGGGCAGGAUUAGAGCCGUUCUUCGACUUCAUCGUUUCCAUAAAUAAUACCAGAUUGAACAAAGACAAUGACACCCUGAAAGAGCUGCUGAAGGUGAAUGUGGAGAAGCCGGUGAAGAUCCUGGUGUACAGCAGCAAGACACUGGAGCUGCGAGAGACCACUGUCACCCCCAGCAACAUGUGGGGAGGCCAGGGGCUGCUGGGAGUCAGCAUCCGCUUCUGCAGCUUCGAGGGAGCCAAUGAGAACGUCUGGCACGUGCUGGAGGUGGAGACGAACUCUCCCGCUGCCCUGGCAGGCUUAAGGCCACACACAGACUACAUUAUUGGAGCCGACACUGUCAUGAAUGAGUCCGAGGACCUGUUCUCCCUCAUCGAGUCGCACGAGGGGAAGGGCCUGAAGCUGUACGUGUACAACACAGACACGGACAACUGCCGAGAGGUGGUGAUCACGCCCAACAGCGCAUGGGGCGGGGAGGGCAGUCUGGGCUGCGGGAUCGGCUACGGCUACCUCCACAGGAUCCCCACACGACCCUUCGAGGAGGGGAAGAAGAUCAGCUUUCCGGGACAGGCCUCCAGUGAGCCGGUCAGCCCGCUGAAGGACGGCUUCAUGGAGGUGCAGCUCUCUGCGGUCAGCCCCCCCCCUCCUGCACCUUCUGCUCCCUCGGGACUUGAGGAGGGACUCUCCGGCCUGUCAGUCAGCUGCGCCCCGCCCACCGCCUCCAGCGUUCUCAACACAGGUACUGCCCUGUCAAUCAGCUCCGUCCCGCCCACCAUCUCCAGCGUUCUCAACACAGGUGUCCCGACUGUACCAUUGUUACCUACUCAAGCCAGCACCUCCAUGAGCUCAGUACCUCCCUUCAACCCCGCCACCACGUUACCAGGUCUGAUGCCCUUGCCAGGGGGCCUGCCACCUCUUCCUAAUCUGCCUAAUCUGCCAAAUCUGAAUGUCCCGUUACCGGAUUUGAGCACAAUGUCAUUACCCAGCAUCAGUGGCCUGCCCCCACCUACAGGUCUCCCUCCUCUGGCCGGCCUGCCCCCUCUGAAUCUGCCCGGGAUGGCCCCCCUGUCCCUCUCAAGCAUGCUCCCAUCCCAGCUGCCCCUGGUCGCGGGUGUGACGCCCGCCCUGUCCGAAUUCCCCGCUCCCAUCGCCCCGCCCUCCCUCACAGCCGUCAGCACGGCCGCCCCCGCCCUGAUCCUGGACACAGCAUCAUCUCCGAAACCUCCCGCCCCCGUUCACAUGGCGACAGAGACGGCGGUCUCCACGGAUACCCUCUCCGCCGCACUGGCGGGCGCCCAGGUGUCUCCCGUGUCCUCGUAACGGCGGGCUGACCCUCCGCCAGCACGGCUCGCUAUCCUCCGUUUAUUUAGCCGCAGGUGCAGUCCUGCACUCCCCGGUGACUGUACACCGCAAGGCACAUCCUGCAGGAACCCGCGAGCCGCCAGGACAGUGACAGAGCUGAAGGAGAUGUGGGAGAGCGGAGAUUAUAGGCUGAAGUACGUCCAGGUCCCCUCCAGCGAGUUCCCUCACGGCUUCCAUUCCUCCCCUCUAUCAUGUCUGCGUUCACCUCUCUGAUCUCCCGUAGGAGACCCAAGAAUCAAUUCCUCUCUUUUGUAAUGAUUUGGUGGAAAUGAACUGUAAAGGCAACUCAUGUUGUAUGAAUGGAUGAUUGUUUUUUUUUUCUACCUUUUUUCUUUGUUUUCCAUCCUGAAUUUCCGAGAUUAGGCAUGUAUAUUUCACCUGUCUCUGUACAUACCUGUCUGUAUGAGAACUCCGGCCCUUUGCUUCCUGUUGCCGUCUUUGUAACUGCACUUUCCUGCACAGAUUGGAACAGUAGGAUAUGAAACUAGUGCUGUAAUGGCUGGAAACCAGAGGGUGGCGCUGUAGACCACCUUGCGAAAUAUAACCCUGUUCACAUACACAAGCAAUAAAC